CCACUUGCCAGAUGGUCUAUCUGGCAAGUGGCAACACUGUUUGACAGUUGACACCUUGUUGGCCAUUUAUGCGACUGCCACUUGUGUUUUGAGUUUAUCCUAACCUCUUUUUCGGCGGGCCGUAACCAACGAAGCUCGCCAUCAUGGUGAACAAUCGAGUGCCCUCGGUCUUUUCCAAGACAUACGUAACCCCACGUCGUCCUUUUGAGAAGGCGCGUCUUGAUCAGGAAUUGAAGAUCAUCGGUGAAUAUGGUCUGAGGAACAAGCGCGAGGUAUGGAGAGUAAAGUACACAUUGGCUAGGAUCCGUAAGGCUGCCCGUGAGCUUCUAACCUUAGAAGAGAAAGAUCCCAAGAGAUUGUUUGAAGGUAACGCGCUUCUUCGUCGUUUAGUGCGUAUUGGAGUGCUUGAUGAGAAGCAAAUGAAGCUUGAUUACGUCUUGGGUUUAAAAAUUGAAGAUUUCUUAGAACGUCGUCUUCAAACGCAAGUUUUCAAAGCUGGACUGGCUAAGUCUAUUCAUCAUGCCAGGAUCCUCAUUAGGCAGAGACAUAUACGGUGAUGCUGAAUGAUGAAGCCGGUUUGAAAAUAUUGAUUUUUCUUAAAGACCACUUGAUUCUCACUUUGUAUGAUAUCAAUGUCUUGAAAUACGCUCAUUUUGAGCCAUGAUGAGGAAAGGUAAUGUAUACUUUUUAAAAUUAACUAUAAAUGUGUAGUUGAUGACCUAGGUUUAAGCAUUGUAUACAAAUUAAUUGUUCAUUAACAUCACUUUAAAAUUUUAUAGUGUUCGCAAGCAAGUUGUAAACAUCCCAUCAUUCAUUGUCCGU